AUGUAUCUGGACGGCGUGCGGACGGCAGGAGGCCAUCGGCAGGGCAGAUCCCGUAGGGCUGUGGCGUCGCGCUACUACGGGGACUUGAAUGCGACGGCUACGCCUAAGAUCGCCCUUGGUGUUUGUUCAUCGUUAUUGCCCAAGCAAAGCUGGCAGUCGGGCACCUUGUUUCCGAAGGGACCCGACCCUCUCCAGCCUGCUAAUCUCCGCGAGUCUGCGUGGGAAACGGCAACUCUUAUCAGAUUGACAUCGCUGUUGCGCGAGGGCGCUGACAAUCUUUGCUGGGUAUCGCGUAAGGCAGCUUGGGGUGUGGCACGAACGACACGCACAGCACCCAACGGCGGACACGAGGCUGGCUUGAACACUGGACCCCUCACUCAGGUGGCUGCACUGCGGUGGGCAACGCAGCAAGGCGGCGCUCCGGACACUGCCUCGUUUGCUGGAAAGAAACGUUCCAUUCGCGGUGCCGAAGGCGAGGUCGAGGUCUGGUGUGGGCGGUGUUCCAUUAGCGCCAGAGAGAACAGGCAGAGAUACUUAUGGUCUGCUUCGGUCGACGUAUGUACUGCGGACUCUGCGUAUGUGCUUUUAGCAGCAAGGGUCUAUCGGGACGUCUCUGAUCAACCCCAGGACCAGACAGCGGUCCUCGGGGCUUGCAGCUCGGAGCCUGUCGUGUGA